AUGAAGUCCAAUCAGAAGAUUGAGGGAGGAGUGAACCCUCAUUCCAUCACCUACCUUCACGACCAGAGUCUGUUCGCAAGAGUGAACAUGCCGCCGGUACCAUUGAGGCGAUACACAACUCGGACUCGAGACCGGCUUCCAAUCGGCGAGUUGACCAAAUCGGUGUCCCGCAUGGCCGGUGCCAGAUUGAGUCGUGGUCGAGGGCUGACACCGACGGCGCAAUGUGGAAGGGACAAAAGGACUGUGACCCACGCAAUUGAUAUCACAUCGGCCCAGCGGCCGGCCAGUCUCGGCGCGGGUUCGAACCCUGUCGAAGGGGCUGUUGAAGGUGGUGGGGCCGAGGGGGCAGCUCGAGUGGAUGCUGAUUGA